GCGAUCCAACAAGUGCAAAACCGGUGGGCGGUCCAGCUGCUGCACCAUUCUUCUUUGCCAAUCACGAAACAUGCCAUCCAACGACUCUCAUUUUAAGAUGAGACCCAAUCAGACCAAAAUCAACGGCUACGAUCUGUCUGUCACUCCGUAUACACCAAAAAUAUCAUUACAUUAAAAUAUCCUGGAUCCUUAUCCAGUUCGGUCCACUAUUUAACCACAUCGCCAGACCGUCCCAAACGCUGCGAAACAAGUAAUUAGCAGAGGGAAAGAAUCUCAGUUAUUUUGUAUACGUUUGGUUACAAUGAUAAAUUCGAUCCUACUCCGUUCCUCUUCAUCCCCUCUUCUUGUGGAUGUUAAGGAUAUCGACCAUACGGGAUUACCACCGUCGUCGAAAACGAGAUUCGCUUCGACGAUUCGUUGUUCUUCGAGCAGAGACGUCUACAUACCGAAGCUAGCGCCUUUUAACAGCACAAAACUCGAGCGUUACCUUAAAGAGCCUCCCUUGAUUGAAAAAACCAAGAACGAGCUCACUGAUUAUUGCACGACACUUGAAGGAGACGAUUGUUAUCGUUGCUGGAGAGCUUAUUUCGAACUGAAAGAUCUCGAGAGAGAGAUGCCGAAAGAAGAUUUAGAGAAGUUAAUUCUUAAAGCAGAGAGUGUCGAGUCAUUGAUCGGAUUCGUACAUGGAGUUGCUUCCAUCUACAACAAGGGAAACGACAAUUGGCUUUCUAGUAUGGCUAAGCCAUUGCAUUCUGAAGAUGAAGGGAAGAAAUUCUUUCAUAUCCCAGAUGGGUUGCCUAAAUCUGCAGAAGAAAUAGAGGAGGAAGAGAGAGCAACAAUGCCUGAUUCCCCAUAUACCAGAUUUCUUAGAGUUAAAGGCCCAUUUCCUGCUUGGUACUCUCGCACCUGACCACGAAACCGAUUGAUAAAUAGAAAGGUUGUAAUUAUCGAGUAGCAUAUGCUAGCUUUAUUGUAGAUAAAAUGUGUGGGGAGGUUUUUGAGUCAGUUUGGUUUUUGGCAAAAAGGGUUUUCUUGGUCUUGACAUGUGAGGCUAUGAGCUGUGUGAUACAGGGGUUUGCUUUGAAGAGUUGUUUAAAGUUUGCCUGUAUUUCCAGAACAAUAUUGUUCAUUGCUAACUUUUGUAAAAAUAGUAAAAUUUUCUUUUAUUUUGCAUUGCCA